AGCCUCCAAACAGCUUGAGGAGGGAUAUGCUGAAGUGUCAGAAUGAAACUCCAGUUUCUCUUGAUCUUCCUCUGUCUUCUUUCCAAGGCGAACUUCCAGCACUGUCAAACUCCAUGCUACUGUCCAUGGCUCCCUCCCCGUUGUCCACCUGGGUCUCGCUUGGUUGUGGAUGGAUGCGGCUGUUGCAGCAUAUGCGCUCGGAGGUUAGGGGAGUCAUGCAACCACCUUAUUGUUUGUGAUCAGAACCAGGGACUCAUCUGUGACUACAGCAAUGCUCCCACGCGAAGGGCGGGAAUCUGCAACUAUGAAGAAGAUGACCAAGACAGUUGUGAAGUAAAUGGAAAGAUCUAUCAAGAUGGAGAAGUAUUCCAGCCAAGUUGUAAGCUCCAAUGUCGCUGCUCAGGAGGAGGAUUUAUAUGUGUUCCCCUCUGCAGUGAGGAUGUUCGUCUCCCCACCCCAGAUUGCCCAUACCCAAGGCGUGUGGAAAUCCCAGGGAAGUGUUGUCAAGAAUGGAUUUGUGACAGAGAACCCAGACAGAUCUUGCAAGACAACAUGGCAGAAAGGUUAACUGGGAUGGCUUUCCCCAAUUUGUGUGAAGACUGGAGCACUGAGUGGUCUGCCUGCUCCACCACCUGUGGCAUUGGGAUUUCCACACGGGUGUCUAACAAGAAUCCCUACUGCAGGCUUGAAAGUCAAAAGCGCUUGUGCACCCUUGGACCCUGCCCAGCUCUCACGGGAAUAGGCAACAUGAGUGGAAGAGGAAGCCGCUUAUAAACCAGUCCACUCCAUUCAGAAGUUGACAUGCUGGCUUCAAUCCAGCAAUUGGAACAACAACAGAAGCCCACGCUGAUCUUGUUUCUGCGGUGAUGAGAGAACCUCUGAAGAAUGUAGAGACAAAGCGACUGUCCUCAACAGAGAGGAAGGACGUAGCAAACAAGUGUCCCCACAUAUGAGCUGACAAUCAUCAUCUUCUCAAUGCCAGGCCGAUGACACUAGACAGCUUUAAUGUUUGGUGGAAAAAUAUCCCAGACCAUGUGUUUUAAUGUUAUUCAGUAGUGGUGUCUUUAUGGCCAGCUUGAGACUACAAUUAUAAAUCCAUCCAAUUAAUGACAUGGCGCUUUGCAGUUACAGUAAUUCAAAGAAACAUGUGUUAUUCUUUCUUCAUUAUCCUUUCUCCAAAUAAUAGUUCUAGGAAUCUAGCAAGUGAGAUCAUCAUCCAUUGUUCAAUAUAGGUUAUUGUUUAUGUUCUUGUUAGAAAUAAAUAAAUCAUUACAAUGCUCAGUUGCCUGAAGCCAGAUUAACCAGUUUUAGGGAUCACAGCAAUAUAUAACAUUUGGAGGCAAAUGUUCAUGUCAUACAAAGAAACAAGUAGGCACUGCAUACUAUUAGUAUUCUCUCUCUGUGUGUAUAAAAGAGAAUAAUGUCUUCAUAACAACAUUGUUCAUGGAUGAAGUGUAACUUGACAAAUGGAGAUGAGUCUUUAAUAACUUAGCAGACUUGGAGUAAAGAUCAAAGCUUUCUUUGAA